AUGGUGGAGUGGUAUCAGUGCGACGGAUGGAGGAGAUGGCAUGAGUGUGACGGAUGGAGGAGAUGGUAUAAGUGUGCCGGAUGGUGGAGUGGUAUGGAUGUGACUGAUGAAGGAGAUGGUAUGAGUAUGACGGACGGAGGAGAUGGUAUUAGUCUGACGGAUGGAGGAGAUGGUAUAAGUGUGACGGAUGGAGGAGACGGUGUGAGUGUGACGGAUGAAGGUGGUGGUAUGAGUGUGACGAUGGUGGAGUGGUAUGAGUGCGACGGAUGGAGGAGACGGUAUGAGUGUGACGGAUCGUGGAGUGGUAUGAGUGUGACGGAUGGAGGAGACGGUAUGAGUGCGAAGGAUGAAGGAGAUCGCAUGAUUGUGACGGAUGGAGGAUGUGGUAUGGAUGUGACGGAUAAAGGAGAUGGUAUGAGUGUGACGGAUGGAGGAGACGGUAUGAGUGUGACGGAUGGUGGAGUGGUAAGAGUGCGACGGAUGGAGGAGACGAUGGUGGAGUGGUUUGAGUGCGACGGAUGGAGGAGACGGUAUGAGUGUGACGGAUCGUGGAGUGGUAUGAGUGUGACGGAUGGAGGAGAUCGCAUGAGUGUGAUGGAUGGAGGAUGUGGUAUGGAUGUGACGGAUAAAGGAGAUGGUAUGAGUGUGACGGAUGGAGGAGACGGUAUGAGUGUGACGGAUGGUGGAGUGAUGGUGGAGUGGUAUGAGUGCGACGGAUGGAGGAGACGGUAUGAGUGUGACGGAUCGUGGAGUGGUAUGAGUGUGACGGAUGGAGGAGACGGUAUGAGUGCGACGGAUGAAGGAGAUCGCAUGAGUGUGACGGAUGGAGGAUGUGGUAUGGAUGUGACGGAUAAAGGAGAUGGUAUGAGUGUGACGGAUGGAGGAGACGGUAUGAGUGACGGAUGGUGGAGUGGUAUGAGUGCGACGGAUGGAGGAGACGGUAUGAGCGUGACGGAUGGAGGAUGUGGUAUGGAUGUGACGGAUGGAGGGGAUAGUGUGAGUGUGACGGAUGGAGGAGAUGAUAGUGUGAGUGUGACGGAUGGAGGAGAUGGUAUGCGUGUGACGGUUCGAGGAGAUGGUAUGAGUGUGACGGAUGGAGGAGAUGGUAUGAGUGUUACGGUCGGAGGGGAUGGUAUGAGUGUGACGGAUGGAGGAGAUGGUAUGAAUUUGACGGAUGGAGGAGAUGACAUGUGUGUGACGGUUCGAGGAGAUGGUAUGAGUAUGACGGAUGGAGGAGAUGGUAUGAGUCUGAUGGUUCGAGGAGACGGUAUGAGUGUGACGGAUUGA